CCCUUCACUUCUCUCUCACUCUUCCUCAAACCCCAUCACUUCUUGUCUAAAAAUUCUCAAAAGUCACCAGCCACCAAAACCCAUUUACCAUUAUGUCUGAUCAAACAAGGACAGGCUAUGGAGGAGGAGGGUCCUAUGGAUCAUCCUAUGGUGGAGGAGGCACCUAUGGUUCAUCUUAUGGAACCUCCUAUGACCCCAGUACUAACCAACCUAUACGCCAAGCCAUCAAGUUCAUGACAGCAUCAGCCAUUGGUGUCUCAUUCUUGAUCCUGUCUGGGUUGAUCCUCACUGGAACUGUCAUAGGUUUGAUCAUUGCAACACCACUUCUUGUUAUCUUCAGUCCUAUCCUUGUCCCUGCUGCCAUAACCCUUGCACUGGCUGCUGGUGGAUUCUUGUUCUCUGGUGGCUGUGGUGUUGCUGCCAUUGCUGCAUUGUCAUGGUUGUACAGCUAUGUCACUGGGAAACACCCUGCUGGCUCUGAUAGGCUUGAUUAUGCUAAAGGGGUGAUUGCUGAUAAGGCUAGGGAUGUUAAGGACAGGGCCAAGGAUUAUGCUGGUGCUGGUAGGGCUCAGGAGGGCACACAAGGGUAUUGAUCAUCAUUGUGAUGAUGAAAAAUGGAAGCUUUGUGUGUAUGUGUGGGUGAGUGAGGUUGGAGGUGGUACUCGAAGUCAUAGGCACCCUUUUGAGAUUUGCAUGUUGGAGUUUCAUGUCACGUUAUCAUGUUUGUAUCUUGUGUCCACUGUCCAGUGUUAUAUUCUGUAUUUGUCUUUUCACUUUUUAUUGUAUCUUUGUUGGUUUCUGAGGAUGAAUCUCUCACUUUAUUUGUGUAGUCAUCAUGUUAAUAAAUCAGAACUCUUGUAAGAAUAUUUCCUCGUCUUAAGAUAUGUGUUUGAUUA